UUCCAUGAGUCAUGUGUGGACAGGGGUUUGUCCCGACCCUAGUUAUGUCAUGUAUAUCCUAGAGGCUUUGUAAACAUAAGGAAGGGUAAAGUCAUGGAAGUUUAUAUAGUGAUGUUGUAUUUGUCUAUGUGGUGGCCCCGAUGGCCAAGUAUUAUAUAUAUAUAUAUAUUUGUGCGUGUUGUGCAGAUACAGGUAAUUAGACCCUUCUAUAUGCAACGAAGUGCUGUCCAAAUUUUUGGUGACAUGUAAGUGAAAGUACAGGUAUUUGAACGGGUUCUCCCGGGCCUUCUCGGCUUCGGGUGCCAGUCCGGCCCGAUGAGAUUUUGGGGCGUGACACACCUAUAGACAUAAACUUAAUUUUGUAGUGAGCGAGACUUAAAGUCAUGGACCUUAAAUUCCUGCGAAAUACUUCUCUUAGCUUGUUGCUUCAACGUUGUUGAUCCUUUCUCCAUUAAAGAUUUAAACAUAUCUUCAACAUUUCUGCCACCUGUCCUGUGAUCUCCUCUAGCGUCUCCUUCUUAAAAGUUUCUGUUAAAUUCCAUCAAAAACUAUGCCAACCUUCUUCACUUUGUGCAGCUCAAUAAACAGCCUGAUUCCUGAAAAUAAAAUUUAUACACUUAGGUGAAAGAAACAUGUCGAAAUUGAGGGAUAAAAUGAGAAGGGGACAGAAUGAAGGGAUCAAAAAUCCCUGCUUUAAGUUUGGUGGCAGAAAAAAAAUAAGAACAUUUGAGGUUAUUAAAAAAUGGGAUAGUUGUAACCUACUACCUUCAUUUAGUAGGUGACCAAAACUAUAUACAAAUAUAUAUUUAAUGUAUGUAUGUUGUCGUUGUAUGUAUGUCUUACAUAUAAUAUAGAAUCUGAUAUACAACUGUAUAGAAUUGAUAUAUACUUUAUAAUUUCUUUUUUUCAUAGCGUAAAUUCUUGCUUCUUUCUUUGUCCUAUCGUUGACUUCUUGACGUUAUAUUUUCUCUUUUCCAUUCUAAUGAAAUGAAGGUUCCUACCAUAGAUUUCCGCAAUCCUGAGCUAAAACCUAGCACUAAACAGUGGGACUUCACGAAAUCUCAAGUUACUCAAGCCUUGCAAGAGUAUGGUUGCUUUGAAGCAAUAUAUGAUAAGCUUCCAGAUGACACUCGAGAAGCCAUGUUGGGCACUUUAAAAGAAAUUUUUGAAUUUCCGUUGGAGACUAAAAUGAAAAACGUAUCAAAGAAAUCCUUUAAUGGCUACUUAGGGCAGCUUCCAACUCUACCAUUGUAUGAGAGUGUAUGCAUUGAUAACUUGCUCCAACCUGGAAGUGUUGAAACCUUUGCCAAUAUCUUCUGGCCUGAUGGAAAUCCUGACUUUUGCAAUGUAGUAAAGUCCUACUCAAAGCCACUUGUGGAAUUGGAUGAGAUGGUGAAAAGGAUGGUUUUGGAGAAUCUAGGCCUAAAAGAUUACGUUGAUGAAUUCUUGGAUCUCAGUUCUUUCCUUUUGCGAUUAACCAAUUACAAGGCAGCUGAAGGUGAAGAUGGGAAUAAACCUGGAAUUGGUGACCAUACAGAUGGUGGCUUCUUGACCAUUAUAUCCCAAAAUGAAGUAAAUGGAUUGCAAAUUCUCAAGAAAAAUGGAGAGUGGAUUGAUGUUAAUAUUUCAUCAAAUUCGUUCGUUGUUUUGUCAGGGGAUUCCUUCAUGGCAUGGACAAAUGGUCGAUUACAUUCUCCUCUCCACAGGGUAACAUUGUCCGGGGAUAAAGAUAGGUACUCCAUUCAGUUAUUUGCAGAUCCAAAACCAGAUUGCAUCAUAGAGGCCCCGAAAGAACUUGUGGAUGAAGAACAUCCUUUACUCUUCAAGCCAUAUGACUUUCUUGGGUAUUUUGAGUUUUUUGGGACAAAAGCUGGAAGGGAAGCUGGCGCCAAUGUUCUCAGGGCUUAUUGUGGCGUAUGAAUUGUUGCAGUUCUUAAAGCUUCAGCUCUCUGUAUAUUUUAGGUUGUAUUUUAGGUUGAAGGGGAGCCUUGGAGGAAUCGGUAAAGUUGCUACCACCUGACUAGGAGGUCGUGGGUUCAAGCCGGGAAACAAUCCCUUGUAGAAAUGUAAGGUGAGGCUGCAUACAAUACACCCUUGUGGUUCGACCCUUCCGUCCGACCCUUCCACGCACCUUGUAUAUAGUGGGCACAUCACUGCACCAGGCUGCCCCUUAUUUAUUUUUUUGUAGGUUGGUAGCUCAUGCUCUUCAUCAAUUCCUCCAUAUUAAUAUUAGGAUUUUAUAAGGUUCGUCUAUUUGCUUAUAACUCGUAAAAAUUAAGUAUAUUGUGCUCUUGAUGAGAGGCUCCUAUUGGGUCA